ACGACGUCAUUCUCCUGCGACCGGCUCUGAGAGGCAUUUUUAUCCAUGUGUACCGCUUCAGCUGAAUUUAUCUUGAAUUAAAAGGUUGGAUGUGGGAUGGUGACGCCGGCUGCCGACUUGUGAGAAACCCGCUCUCCUCUUUCCUCGCUGUGGCCUCUGCGUCGUCUCUCAGACCCGAUGGCCAGCCGCCUACUGUUCAGAUACGCCCGUCUGCUCAGCAGGGCCUCCUCUCAGGCUUCUCAUGCUUCUGCCCGACUACUUCCGCCUGUGACUGGAUCUGCAGAGCUGCAAAGGGCGAAGGGCUGGCCAUGGGUCCCAGAUAGGUUAAUGUGUGAAACAAAGCCCAAAGAAGACGUCCCGAUAGCUAUACCCCCGCGCACCAAGCUGGAUACGCUGGUGGAAAAUGCAGCUACACCAGAAGACGUUCUGUCGGCGUGGAAACAACAUCCGGGGAACAGCAAUCAAGCUGCUAUUGCUCUGGUGGCGUGGAUUCAGCUGACAAUGAAGACGAAGGGGAAGUCAGACCAACAUGUACCAGAGCUGAUGAAGGAUCCGAGACUGCAGAAUAUGAUGAAUACCUUAUCUAAGGGGGUGUCUUGGGCGUGGAACAACAGUCUGGUGUCUGUGUUGAAAAGCCUCUGGCUUAUUAACGUUCCCUCAACGGAUCUGGUGCUCUCUGCUGUGCUAAACGAGCUCCUGUGGAGAAGCCGCAGACUCACAUACAGGCAGCUGUGCUACGUGGCGGACUGGGGGGCGCACAGGAAAGGACAGCAGGAUGUGGUGUUAGUGAACGCCGUGGUAAAACAGCUGGAGUUGCGCUGGACUGAAAUCACUGAUGCUAGAACUGUCAGUGCGCUGAUGUCCAAAGCAGAUCGCAUGACGCCUGUGUUGAUGGAGAGACUGGAAGACAAGGCUCUGGAGCUCGCAGAGGGAUUCACGGGCGAAGAGAUCCGCAAAGUCUGCGUAUCUUUGGCCACUCAGAGACGCAGAAGUGUCCCGCUGCUCAGAGCUCUGUCCUACCACCUUCUGCAGAAACCGUCGUCAGAGUUCACCACCCCGCUCAUGAUUGACAUAGCCUUUGCAUACGCGAGCCUGAACUUCCACAACACUCUGGUAUUUCAACGAAUGGCCUCCGAGUUGUUGCCAAGACUCCCUGAGCUCAGCCCCGAAGACAUCGUGCGCUUUGCAAAGUCACUGGGCUUCCUCAAGUGGCUGCACAUGCGCCUGUUUGAGGGCUUCGCAGAGCACUACACAGCAAACAGCCAGAAGUACGAGCCCCUGCAGGUCUGUAAUCUGCUCAGGACUUUCGCCAGACUCGGCUUCUACCCCAGCAAAGAGGAAGAGUUCUACAGCAAGGCUCACCUUAUGCUGGAGGAGUCUUUCUCGGGCCUGGACCCUUUCCUACAGACAGAUGUGGUCUGGUCUCUGUGUGUGCUGCAGCAGGCCAAACCUCACUACCUCGUCGCCCUUCUGCAACCAAACCAUGUCAGCAAACUGUCCAGUAAGACACGUAGCGUGGGCAGUCCAUCUCAAGCAGUGAGCUACAAGUGGAAGCUCCUGCAGAUCGCUGCUACUCUCCGCUUGGAGCAUCCGGGUUCCUCAGAUACCUCCCUGAGCGUUCCCUCCGUCUCUGCUUGGUCCAACAGCGCCAAGGUUUCUGCGAUGAAGAAUAGUUUAAGAGACGCCUUACAGAGUUUCGUAGGUGGGAAGUCAGAGGCGGUCCGCACUGCCGUUGUCACUGUGUAUGGAUGGACCAUUGACGGUGAGAUGGUAGUGGAUUGUGACAACAAACCAGUCGACUUGUCGAUGCUAAAAGCCCCUCAUCUAAUGAGCAGAGGAGGAGGAGAUGAGGCUUUACCUGCUGGAGCACGGCGGCUAGCGUUCGUGGCUUGGGAGUUUGCCAACUUUGGCUCAAAAAGCAAAGACCUUCUGGGAUGUUUCACCAUGAUGAAGCGGCACCUUCAGCUGGCCGGCUUCAUCGUAGUGGAGGUGCCGUUUUACGAGUGGCUGGAUUUGAAGACAGACUGGCAGAAGUCGGCCUACCUGAAGGAUAAAAUAGGCAAGGCGGUGGCCGAGGAGAUGGCCAAGUGAACUGUGCGACAUCUGCAAGCUCAGCGAAAUCGGAGCUUUUCCCAAUCAAGUGGGACCACAGGGAAAACACGCAUAACACCCACGCUCACACUCAGAACGGAGCAGCAGUGCAGAACACACACACACACACACACACACACACACACAUACAUACACACAGACACACACACACACAAAACAAAAAAAACAUAUUUUCACUCUGGUUCCCCUGGCAACGUGUGGGGCUUUCCCUGUUUCCAUGGUGACGACGAGUAAGAGUUUUGGAGCCAGAGAGAGACAGAAAUAAACACAGCAGCGAGUCCUUCUGUAGAAGUGAUAUGAUCAAGGACUAAAGUCUCUGCAUCUGCAAGUGACACGUCGAAAGCAGCAGCACCCGGGUUGUGUUGAAUUUUUGGUGAAAACGUGCUUUAAUGUCGGCAUGUUAAUAGAUUGAAAUAACUAUCUCUGUGAAUGUGUGUCAACUUGAGAUCAAUUAAAUAGUUUUAUUGCCAA